AUGUACGCGAGGUAUAAACACAGACCAAGAGUUGUACAGAGUAUAAUGCGACAAAACGAAAGCGGCCGCCUCGUGGUCUUCACUUCCAAUAUGUCGACCGAAUACUUCUCGAAAUUAGUAAGUGAAGAUAAACAGCAUUAUUCAAAAAAACUCACACUUGCCAACGGAACACUCCUACGCGACCCUUUUUCACUGAAGGGAGAAGAUUGGAGCGACGAUGUAUCAUUGCUACCCGAUGUUACGCAUAUGGAUUUGUAUGUCUAUCUCAUCCAUACACCCAGUGAAUUUACAAAUGAAUCUUUGAAAGCUUAUAAAUCCUUAGAAGCUUACAACUUUUAUCUUUCUGGGCAUGUUCAAGAUGUUUAUUGCCACCUCUUGAAAGACGUUGAAUUUUGCUACAUUAAAUCCUCCGUACUACCUAGUCAGAGACAAGGACAAAAGCAAAAACUAUAUGAUGUAUGGAUCAUUUUACACACAAGUGGAUGGGUACUUUCAGCAAAUUGUACCUGCGUUGCUGGCCUUGGCUCGGCAUGCAGUCAUGUUGCUGCCCUUUUGUUCAAACUGGUUGCUUGUGCUACAUUGGAGUUAAACAAAAAAGCUUGCACAAGCAAAUUAUGCUCAUGGAAAAAAUCUAGAAAAAGAGCACACCCUGCACCUCUGAAGCACAUAAACUUCAAAAGACCAAAAAAAGCGAAGUCCUGCCUACUAUAGACGAACCUUUUGAAGGUGAAUUGAAAGGAUUCACAUCAGUGGAUCCCUUGAAAUUCGUAACAGAAGAGGAAAAACAACAGUGGAUUUCACUCAGUCAAAUUGCUCCAGAUGCAGUUGUACUUAAAAAUAUAAGUCUGGAUUUAGGUGAAUAGAGCUCGUUCAGUAUAUGAACAACAUGUCAAACAACACCAUGUUGAUCUCCAAGUUGUCACAACUGCACUUCAUAUUGAUCCAAACUUUCCAUAUCUUGCAGCAAGCCCUGAUGGAUUAGUGAAGUGCAAAUGUCAUGGUCAGAGUUUAGUUGAGAUCAAAUGCCCAUUUAAAUAUAAAAAAAGUUUGAAGCUAUGGAGAAACGAUAAAAAUUGUCCCAUUGAUAAAGCUGGGAAAUUCAAAAAAAAUCAUGCUUAUUACUUCCAAGUACAACAUCAAAUGUUAGUAACUAAAAUGAAUUAUUGUGACUUCUUUGUUUUUUCACAAGGAAAGCAAGAAAAUGAUACUUUUCUGAUCAGGGUUACAAAAAAUGAACCAUUUUGUCGGAAACUUCGUGAAAAACUGGCCAUUGUAUUCGAAAAGGUUUUGUUACCAGAGCUUGUCACUCGGAAAAGUGAUCCCAAGUUACUAAAUGAAGAAAAGGUGUAUUGCAUAUGCAGAAGACCAUCCUUCCCACCUAUGAUUGGUUGUGACAAUUUAGGCUCAUGUGACAUAGAAUGGUUCCAUUAUUCUUGUGUGAAGAUAACAACGCCUCGUGUUGCCAACUCUUGCUCGAUAAGGAAUCCUCGAUCAGCCAAAACAAGAUCUCCAUUUUCGACUAAAUCCAAAAAACCACUUUUUAUUGUUAUUUCCUUAUCAGAGACUCUACCUCCCCAUCCUUCUGAUAGGAAACUAACACU